UAAGGCGGUGACGGGGGCACAGGUACCAGGUGGCGCACCUGGUCGGGGUUAGUUCGCCGCGCACUCUCAGACCGUCGACACCGCAUCGCCUGACAUCGAUUUCACAAGCCCAUGUCGAAAAGAAUGUACCAAAAGCUGGCCGAGGAUUAUGCGAAAUUGAAGCGCAACGUGAAAUGGCUCUACCUGCUCUACGAGCUCAACACACAGAUCGCCAUCUGUGAGCCCUGGGAAAAGGUGUUCCUCAAUGUCCUUCUGGGCAGCUUUGUCUCCUUGAUCCUCUACGCUUCAUUUGCCUUUGUACCAGGAUAUUGUGUGACGGUUUUUCACCUCUUGUGGCCCCAAACAAACAUGCCAAAUCUCACCAGCACCUGCAAUGCGAAUAUCGAGGGGUUUUGUGGCAACGAAAGUGGAUCAGUAAUAACAUAAUCUUAGUUUAGCUUAUCAUAAUCAAUAAAUAAUUUUAAACAUAA